UCCGUCUCUAAAGACAGUGCUGCUUUCGAGAGCGCGACAGAUAUUUAUAAAAGUUUUUUAAUCUUUCAAAGCUUGUUUUGUUUUCUGUUGUGUGCGGGUUAAUUUUAGGCACUGUAACUGAAAUCUGUUUUUGUAAGCUUUUUAACAAAUAACGGAAGAAAGCGCGCGAUGUUGCGUCUAGAUGUGAUUGGAUUUCUGCUCACUGCUGCUGCUGUACAAGCUAAAGGGAGGCGUCAGUUAUCAACCACCGUUUGCACGUCAGAUCUUUGCCAACAAAUUGCACGUUAAAUCUUCUCCAGCAUGGAUAAAACUGUUGAUCCCUGUGUGGAUUUCUACGCUUACGCUUGUAACCGUUGGAACAAAAGCAGCGGUAUGGUAUACGAAGUGCUCCUUCCGAAAAUUUCCAAACAACUCCAAGAGCUGCUCGACAGUGGAUAUUACACCAAUCCGACGGAGAAAAAAGCAGUCGAUAUAUACAACCAGUGCAUCCGGACGCAUGAACAGCCAUUCAACGACGGCAAUCUUGUGCGAACUGUAGACGACCUGUUAGGCGGAUGGUCGCUAUUGAGAGACAACGACAACGUGUCCGCUUUUCGUCUGGACGACACUCUUGUCCGCCUGCAGCAGAACGGCAUUCGGACCUUCAGCGAUCUUACCACAUUCAGAAACGAAUUUUCCAGGAACGAGAACAUCCUGUAUUUUUCGAUGCCAGGUCGCCUCUUUGGGAGGUGGGAACUAGACCCACCCGUUCACAAUGCAACUGCACAGCUAAUGAAAAAAUGGACGCCGGCAGUGCUGCGUUUACUUAUAACGGCCAAUGCAAGUGUUUUAUGGUCAACUGUCGAAAAGCGAUUGGAGAAAGCUAUUAUGUUGGAUGUCAUGUUGGCGAAGGGUGUGGCAUGA